AUGGAGAGAGGCCCGAGGCUGCGCCGCCGGCUGUCAGCGCAGGCCCAGGUGCGGCCGCCCCGCCCACGCCCGCCAGCCCCGCGCCCGCACCGCCCCCGCCGCCGGCCGCCCCGCCUCCCAAGCAGCCGCUGGCUCAGCCCGCACCCACGAUCCCGACGCCUCUCGCGGCCCGAGGGGAGGGCGGACGCGGGACUACCGCCCCCCGCGUGCGGCCAAUCGCAAGAGGCUGCUCCGCAGGCGCAGCCAAUGGGGGAGAGAAGCCCUUCGCCGCUCCUCCCGACUCUUCCGCUUCCCGCAAUCCCGUUUAUCUUCCUACUUGGAGCUCACGGGCUGCGGCUAGGGCCAACCGUGGGCGCCAGAAGGCGGGAUUUCCGCCGCACGCACGCCAGCACGCCCGCACUCCCACGGGAGACUGUCUGGCCCGGAGCGCUGUUAGUCAUGCGGCGGGUGGUUGCGCUCACACCAGCUGGAGCUGUCCAGGGAUCGAGUGUCGAGACCAGCUCCCCUGGAGAUGAGAACGGAUCUUUGUGUGGUCGGCUGGGGACUGAAGAGCUUCCUGGGAAGAAGGUGAUUGAUAUGGCUGCAGGCUCCACCCACUGCCUGGCUCCGACUGAGGACAGCGAGGUCCACAGCUGGGGGAGCAACGACCAGUGCCAGCACUUUGACACGUUGCGCGUGACCAAGCCAGAACCUGCGGCAUUGCCAGGACUGGACGCCAAACACAUAGUGGGAAUUACCUGUGGGCCGGCCCAGAGUUUCACUGUUGUUGCCCAGGCUGGAGUGCAAUGACAUGAUUUCAGCUCACUGCAACCUCUGUCUCCUGGGUUCAAGCGAUUCUCCUGCCUCAGCCUCCGAUUAGCUGGGAAUACGGGCACCCGCCACCAUGCCCGGCUAAUUUUUUUGUAUUUUCAGUAGAGAUGGGGUUUCUCCAUGUUGGCCAGGCUGAUCUUCAACUCCUGGCCUCAGGUGAUCCCCCCAACUUGGCCUCCCACAGUGUUGGGAUUACACUCGUGAGCCACUGCACCCGGCCUGACCCAUGGAUUAUUAAGUAUGUUGUUUAAUUUUGAAGUGUUUGCAGAUUGUUGUAUUAAUGAUUUCUAGUUUAAUACCAUUGUGAUUGGAGAAAUAUGGAACCAAAAAAGAGCCCACAUCGCCAAGUCAAUCCUAUUUAUCUUUUAAAAAUUGUUUUGGCUAUGUUGGGUCCUCUGCAUUUCUUUAUACAUUUUAGGAUCAUCUUGUCAAUUUCUGCGAAAAUCUGCUGGGAUUUUUAAAGUAAUUGCAUUGAAUCUAUAGCUCAAUUAGAUAAAAUUUGUCAUCUUAACGAUAUUGAGUCAUCCCACGCACAAACUUGGAAUGUAUCUCAAUUUACUUAGAGCUUUUUAAUUUUUUCUUAAUAAUAUUUUAUAGUUUCCUAUACAAAUCCUGUACUUUUUUGUUAAAUAUAUUUCUACCUAUUUUAUUACUUUGUUGCAAUUGUGAAUAGAGUUGUUUACAUAAUUUCAUUUUGGAUUGUUCAUGGCUAGUAUACAGAAACACAAUUGAAUUUUGUAUAUUUAUCUUGUAUCCCAAAAACUUGCUAAACUCACUUAUUGGUUCUAGUUGGGUUUUUUAAUCUGUGUGGAUUCCUUAGAAUUUUCUAUAUGCAUGUGAUGAUCUCAACUGCAAAUAAAGACAGUUUUACUUCUUUUCA